AUGGAGAUCGGGAGGGAUUUGCUCAGGCUGCUGGUGCAGGCACUGCGCUCCGAGGAUGCUGCCCGGCAGCAGCUUGCCCAGAGCAAUGAAAAUCCAGUUGUUCCUAUGAGAAGUGGCCUUUGCAGGCAGAAGUACAAACCUAUUGACUACAAACAUCUACGUGAACUUGCUGCAGUAGAAAAAAUCACAUCUUCAAAAAUUCAAUUAAAGAUUAAAAAAACAGAGCAAGUUUCAAAAAUUAACAAAGAGCGAAUGCUGCUGAAACAGCAUCGGCAAGUGUGGUGGCAAGAGCAUAAAAGACUGAGUGAGAAUAGGCAGAAAGCAGAAGCAGAAAUAAAGACUUUUCUUGAUGAAGAAAGCCAUAAGCACGACUUUUUUUUGGAUAUGAGGGACUUGGAGCAUAAAUUAUCAAAGGAGCGGGAUACGUACCAAACAAAUGCAGUAGUUCCCAUAGGGCAACUCAAGGAGAAUUUGAAAUUCAAGCUGUCUGAAAUGCAGUAUAACCUCUCAGAAGAAACUUGUCUGAAAUCUAAGAUCAGUCCAUUUGGGACGUUACAGCAGAUCAGAUUUGUGAAGAAGCAACAGAAGGCAAUUUUGGAAUCCCUUACCCUUGAGAGCCUGGCUUUGGAAAGAGAGCUUGAAGACUAUAAAACAAAAGCAUUAGCGCAUUCUUUUGAAGAGAAAAAUGGACUUUUCCUUGAAGUUCCUUCAGCACUACUGUCUUUGGAAUGCCCCUACCCUGAUUUGAAGACCUUAGUUAUCGAUGAAUACCGAAAGCUUGCGAGUGGGUACUGGGCUAAGCUUCAAGAAAUUGAUCAACAGUUAGAAGUUUUAUACAGGAACACUGAAUGGAAGGAAGAAGAUCAGUGGGUUUUUCAGAACAUUAUCAAUCAGUAUCCGAGUGAUCUUCAGAGGAGAAGGACUUUGUACCUCGAUGUGCUGCAGAGAUACCUUCCUCACAAAUCUAGGCAGGAUCUGGUUGUUAAUGAGAAAGCUUGGGAUCGCUACCAUUUCGUUAGGAACCAGCGCAGAGUCUUGAUGUUAAACUGGAGUGAAGCUAGAAAAGCCUUUCUGCUGAAGGCAGCGAUGACUGUUGCUGAAGCCUCUGCUGCUCACGAGGCAGCAGUAGUGUUGGCGAGUACCAGACAAAAGCAGCAGGAGACCUGUGCUGAUCUGAAAGCAAAGGUUCUGCAGUGAAAAAAAAGGAAGGAGUGUGAAAAACUAAAAGCUGCCAUAGCUGCCAGAAAAAAGGAAAAGGAAGAUGAGAAAGAAAGGCUACAGAGAGAACAGGAAACGAUUCGCAGAGCUCAGGAGAAAGAGAAACUGAAAAAGUACUGGGCUGAGAAACAGCUCAAGUGGCAGGAACAGGAAGAGAAACAUCUACAGCGUCUGGAGGAAUUAAGAAAAUUAAUGGCUGAACAAGCAGUUAAAGACAGAGAAAGGGUGAAGUUUAGACAAGCGUUGCUAGAAAAACGGUUGCUGGAGAAAAAGGAACUGGCCCUUCAAGAAGCACGUGAAGAAGAGGAAAAAGAGAAAUGCCUGGAAGCACUUCGACAACAGGUUGCUGUUGUUGCAGAGUCAGACCCAGCUAGGAUGGUGGCUGAUACGGUGGCAUCUAAGGCUCGGAUGGGCAUUGGAACCAUGGAAGAGUUUGAUCUUCAGAAGCCACUGUUUAAGUUGCAUACGUACAGUGAACAGCAGAUCAUUUCUGACCCUAGGCUCCGUGUUGAGCUAGCUCUUCGAGAAGCUGGACUCCAUAAAACGCUUUAUGCAAAAGAGAUUUUACCAAAAAUUCCUCCACAGAAGCUUCCAAGAAGAGACAUGGAAUCUACAGCUUUUAAGAUGUAG